UUUAUACUCCUCAAAAGUAGCUAGAAAAAUUCCAACAGUAACUAAUUCAUCUGAGAUGAGAAUAAACACGGGAAGAUCUCGGCCGCUCCUCUAUAAAAAACCAAUUUUUUUCCAAAAAUGAGGAAUUCAUGGGAAAGCCAAGUUAACGGAAGAUGAGGAUUUGAUCGAUUUGGGGUUUAGAUUCUCUAUCUUUUUACCCAUGUUUAAGGAUGCUUCAUGGUUGAAAACUUGAAAUGGUUGUUUUCCCUGCUAGCGCCAUGUUUGACUUUUAUACUUUAGUCCGAGGCAUUUAGCACUGGUUGGACUCCAAUAAGCUGUUGGAAAAUUCUUUGGUUGUCCAGACCAAUUUGUUGGGCAAAUCUCCUUUGGCAAUUCAUCUCCGAAAUUCGGAGACACUAUAUACAUCUGUUUCACAGGAUCUGGUUGAUCGAUUAAACAGAAUAUAUAAAACAUAUAAGCUUGAUCAUCUUGCACUUGGUCUAUAUAUAUUGAGCUCUAUCAAUAAAUUUGGCAAAUCUAUAUACUUAUCAAAAGGCAAGGAUCACAAAGUUACAUCACGGCUCCAAGAUGGAUUUGAACUUAAAGGACAUUGACUGUUUUAGUGACAGCAGCAGUGAGGAUCAAGAAUAUGGUGGAAAUGCUUGUUCUAUUCUAUCUAGUCUUGAGGAAACUAUUGGGAGAAUAGAUGAUUUCUUAUCCUUUGAAAGGGUGUUUGUACAAGGAGACAUAGUUUGCUUAGUGAAGGAUCCAUCCUUGCAGACGGGUAGAGUGGUCAAUGUCAAUAUGGUUGUUGAUCUGGAGGACAUUUCCGGAAGUAAAUUAUGCAAUAUCGACUCCAGAAAACUUCAAACAGUACGUUCAAUCGCAAUUGGAGAUUAUGUAGUAUGUGGGCCUUGGCUUGGAAAAGUUGAGAAAGUAGUUGAUAGGAUAACCGUUCUGUUUGAUGACGGUUUUUUGUCUAAAUUCACCAUAACGGAAACCAAUAUGUUCACACCCAUUUCUCCAGAUUUACUUGAAGAUCCACGGUAUCCGUUUUAUCCUGGGCAAAGAGUGAAGAUUCAUACCCAAUACAUCCCCAAAUCAGACAAGUGGUUUUAUGGUACAAGAAAUGGUAAAACAGAUAUAGGGACAGUUUGCUCUUUGGAUACCGGAUUUGUGUGUGUCGGUUGGAUUGGUUGUGUGUCAAAUGGUCAUUCGAAGGCAUCUGUCCCUUCACAUAAGCAGGAUCCCAAAAAUCUGACCAUGUUGUCAUGUUUUUCUGAUGCCAAGUGGCAGGUUGGGGAUUGGUGUUUGCUUCCAGUCGCUGACUAUGGCAACUUCCAGAAAAGUUCUCUUAGGAAAUUUCCAGAUGUCAAACAGGCCAUUCUUCCACAUAUUCAUGGAUUUCCAGAAGGCAGCAAGCAACCUCACAAACUAUUUCAGAAGAAGAAGGAACUUGCGGUAAUUGUGAGGACAAAGGCAAAAGUUGAUGUUCUGUGGCAGGAUGGGAAUGUGACAUUUGGUUUAGAUGCAAAUUCUCUGUCUCAUGUAAAUGCUGUUGAUUCCCAUGACUUUUGGCCCGGCCAGUUUGUGCUUCAAAAGGAUUUUUUUGAUGACUCGAGCAGUCCAAGUCUUCAUAGAUGGGGAGUUGUGACGUGUUUGGAUACCAAUGAGCGGACUGUGAGGGUAAAAUGGACCAAGGAAUUCAAUAGUUUUGAGAGUGAGGAAACUGUGAGUGCUUAUGAAUUGAUGGAUCAUCCAGAUUACUCGUACGGUUUCGGUGAUGCUGUGUUUAGGUUCCGUUUGGAUAAAUCCCAAACUUUGCGGGAAAGUAAAAACAACCUUGUGCACAUUAAGGAUGAAACAGAUCUGAACAGCAACGAUUACUCAUCAAGCAUUGGCAUAAUUGUUGGCUUUAAUGAUGGAAACAUCAAAGUGAAAUGGGCUAAUGGUGCUACAAGCAUGGUUGCUCCCUAUGAGGUAUAUUGCAUAGAUACAUAUGAAGAUGCAGCUACUGUUCUUGUACCUUAUAGCGAUAAUCUAGAGCCAACAAAUGGUGGGACGAACCUGCAUGGCAAUAAACAACUUUCAAGAGAGAAAGGAAAGGAUCCGUUGGAUUUUCACGGCAAUGGUGAAAUUUGCAAAGUGAAGCUUCCAUUGGCCACAGGCUGCGGUUCCUUUUCUCAAGCUGUGAUUGCACUCUUAUCAAGAUUCAGCUCAAGUCUGUUCGGUACAUCUCUGUUUGGUGGAUACCAUCAUACAUCCAAAGAAGAGAACAAAACAGAGAUUCUCGGCGAGGAAUCUGAAAGAAAUAAUUCAGAUAAAGUGAUAGAGAAGGAAGCCGAGGAUCAGCCGAGUAGAGAUGGUGGGCCCUCGACUAGUAGCAAGCUGCCACCAGAAAGCUUCAGUCAGUUUGACAUUGUCAAUGGUUGCUCAGACCACCAUUUUGUGAACAACACGGGAAAGGAUGUGACAUCAUCCCUGGUGAAAAGAGGCUGGCUGAAGAGGGUUCAAGAAGAAUGGAACAUUUUGGAGCAUGAUCUUCCUGAAGCAAUUUAUGUGCGUGUCUAUGAGGAGAGAAUGGAUUUGCUCCGUGCUGCCAUUGUUGGCGCUCCCGGAACCCCAUAUCACGACGGACUGUUUUUCUUUGACAUUUGCUUUCCUCCAGAGUAUCCCUACGAGCCACCCAUGGUUCACUACAACUCAGGUGGACUUCGUGUGAAUCCGAAUCUGUAUGAAUCAGGGAAGGUUUGCCUCAGUCUCUUAAACACAUGGACAGGCUCUGGGAAUGAAGUUUGGAACCCAAAAAGAUCAACAAUCCUACAACUGCUUCUUUCCCUUCAAGCUCUUGUGCUCAAUGAAAAGCCUUACUUCAAUGAGGCCGGGUAUGACUCACAGAUUGGUAAAGCUGAUGGGGAGAAGAACUCUGUCAACUAUAACGAGAACGCUUAUCUGGGCACGUGCAAGUCCAUCCUAUACUUGCUACGCAACCCACCCAAGCAUUUUGAAGCACUUCUCAAAGAACACUUGAGCAAGCGGGGCGAGCAUAUUAUGUUGGCUUGCAAGGCAUAUAUGGAUGACCCUCCUGUGGGUUCUUGCCACCUAAGAUCUGACCAAGAACAUGUGAAAGGAUGCUCUAAAGGAUUCAAGAUCAUGAUUGCGAAGAUUCUUCCUCGACUCGUGGAGGCAUUUUCUGAUAUGGGCAUCCGUUCAAGCUAGUUUUUUGACGCAUGUGAGUGAAACAACUUUGCAACAACAAAAAAAUAUAGAUAUGGUAUGGAUAAUAUCACAUAAUAAGAACCAUACUAUCUAGCUCUGCUGUUUGAUAGCUUGUGCAAAAGAAAUGAGUGUGAAAAUGUGUUGUACACACUCUGCAAUAGUAUAUGAUUUUCUUUUAAAUAACAACAACCCAGUAUAAAUAAUCCCAGAAUUAUUGGGGUCUGGGGUGUCAAGAUGUACCAGUUUUACCCUUAUAAAAACAGAGAAGUUUCUAUUAAUCCCUAGACGCAUUGCUGGUUU